AGAUAUAUAACAAGAUACACUGGAGGAAGUGGACUAAAGGUUGAGGCAUCACAAAUUUUGCUUGCCUUCAAGAUACCAUUGUGGAUUUUACAAGUAAAGCAAUCAUCGGAGAGCGCAGAGUCCACCUCCGAGACUGCGCGGAGAGCAGAAAUCAAGUUGGACCCAACAAUUUCCUCAACCCGAAGCCGGAUCAAACUGACAGGCCACAGUCUGAGGGCCCGGUGGAACCUCCCUGGUAAACCCUUGACGCGUGAAAGACGGGGAACCCAGAGGACGAAGACCGAAGGCGGCUGUAGAAGACGCCAAAGAAAGUGGAAGGGGGGGGGACAAUGAGGAAGAGUCUUGGUGCGAUUGCCGGGCCACGGGAGGGGCCUAAGACUGACGCUUAGUUUUGGGUCGCUGGCUUCUGGCUUUUCCUUUUUUCUUUUCCUCCCCCCCCCCGGACCUCCAGUCCAGAUUGGUAGCUGGAAGGAGGAAAAGAGCGCGAGGCCCGCCGAGGCUUUUGUGCUGCGCUUCGAGGAGGCUGGCGGGCGGGCGGGCGGCUCUGGUUUCUACGAGGAGGAGAUUUCUUUUCAUAACAGGGCCGGAAGAAAAAAGGGAAGCCCAGCUCGGGACUUGGCGUCGAGAGGAGGAGGAGAAGGAAGGGCGGGUGGUGCAACCUGGCGGCCAAACCGGUCGCGUGCCCGUCGGGAGGCGCUGCUGCCCUGCGGCGCAGAGGUGCAACUGGGGCAGGAGCGCGGACGCCCCGGGCUGAGCCGAAGCUAGAGAGCGCCAGGCAAUUGGCUCCUGCCGCCGCCGCCGCAGCUUAGUCCCUCCCGUGCCGUAUUGCCUCGGAGUCCGGGCUCGGCUUCUGGAACCUCGUCGCCUGCGGCAAGCCCGGUUUCUCGAUUGCUGGAGUGUGUCCUGGAAAAAUUGACUGCAUCAAUGAAAGGGCUGACUCCCUCUCUCAACUGCAGACGGUUUGUAACAUAGCUAAGAAAGAUGCAAACUAUAGCUGAAAAUGGAGAUCCCCCUUCUGAAAAACAAAAUGAGGAGAAAACAUAUAAAAAGACUGCAUCAUCAGCUAUCAAAGGUGCCAUACAAUUGGGAAUAGGAUACACAGUGGGUAACCUUACAUCUAAACCAGACAGAGAUGUACUUAUGCAAGAUUUCUAUGUAGUUGAAAGUGUAUUUCUUCCCAGUGAAGGAAGCAAUCUGACUCCUGCUCAUCAUUAUCCAGACUUUAGAUUUAAGACCUAUGCUCCGCUAGCUUUCCGUUACUUCAGAGAACUUUUUGGUAUUAAGCCUGAUGACUACUUGUAUUCAAUUUGCAGUGAACCAUUAAUAGAAUUAUCGAAUCCUGGUGCCAGUGGAUCCUUGUUCUUUGUCACUAGUGAUGAUGAAUUCAUAAUCAAAACAGUUCAACACAAAGAAGCAGAAUUCCUUCAGAAACUGUUGCCUGGCUACUACAUGAAUCUCAACCAGAACCCAAGGACGCUGUUGCCCAAAUUUUAUGGCCUGUAUUGUGUUCAGUCAGGGGGUAUUAAUAUCAGGAUAGUUGUGAUGAACAAUAUUCUGCCUCGAGCACUGAAAAUGCACUACAACUAUGACUUGAAAGGCUCUACAUACAAAAGAAGAGCAUCCCGAAAAGAACGAGAGAAGUCUAACCCCACAUUUAAAGACUUGGAUUUCUUGCAAGAGUUGCAUGAAGGAUUAUAUUUUGACUCCGAAACCUAUAGCGCAUUGAUGAAAACACUACAAAGGGAUUGCCGAGUGCUGGAAAGCUUUAAAAUCAUGGAUUAUAGUUUGUUGCUUGGCAUCCACAUCUUGGACAGCUCAGCAAAAGAGAGAGAGGGGGAGUUUUCUCAAAACACCUCUGAUCCUAAACGCCCAGGAGGACAAAAAGUUCUUUAUUCAACUGCUAUGGAAUCCAUUCAAGGUCCAGGAAAAUCAGGGGACUGUGUCAUCACAGAAAAUACCAAUACAAUGGGAGGCAUUCCAGCUAAAAGCUACAGAGGAGAAAAACUACUGCUAUUUAUGGGCAUAAUUGAUAUCUUGCAGUCUUACAGGUUAAUAAAGAAGUUGGAGCAUUCUUGGAAAGCCCUCGUUUAUGAUGGAGAUACAGUUUCAGUCCACCGACCAAGUUUUUAUGCUGACAGGUUUUUAAAGUUUAUGAGUACCAGAGUAUUCAAAAAAAAUCAGAUUUUGAAGUCAUCUCCUUCCAAGAAACGAUGCAAUUCUAUUGCUGCUCUAAAAGCUACAUCACAAGAAUAUGUGUCAGUAGUUAGCCAAGACUGGAAAGAUGAAAAGCAUGAUUUACUCACAGAAGGACAAAGUUACUAUAGCCUUGAUGAAGAAGUAUUAGCCUCCCGACAUCAUCCAGAUUUAGUGCCAAGCACAGCAUCUCUGUUUGAAGCUGCUUCUUUAGCAACCACAAUUUCUUCCUCCUCUCUCUACGUAGAUGACCCUUAUCAACAUGAUGGAACUAGGUUUUAUUCUAACAGUAAGGGGUUGCCUUCAAGUUCAACGUUCACUUUAGAAGACAGUGCCAUCUGCUUGACUUCAGAACAGAGCACGGUGGAAACUGAGACUGAUAAUGCCUCUGUCCUGGAUGUAUAUUUAUAACAGAAGAUGAAAGAAAACGAGCAUAUUUUAAUAAAUGCACUUUCUGCACUCCAGAUUUAUGUGGAGAAUUUUUUGUUCAGCCUGGUAAACAAAGUCUUAAUCAUCAGAGCUCUACAGAAAUCAUCAAAGCGGCUCAUGAACUGUAGACAUCCCACCCUAGACUCAGCAGAUGAAAUGGGAAACAUUCCACAAUUAAUCAUGGCCUGCUGUUGCCUGCUCAACUGUGAAGCCUUGCCUCUUCCAUCCUUUUAGCUGCUACUCCUACUUUCCUAUUGUCUUUUUAGGAGUUGAAGGUGGUAUUUUCACUUGCAUGUAUUCAGUGAUCAUGGACAGAAAUAUCUAAUCCUCCUUUCCUAUUUAAAGAGCCAUCUUCACAAUGGUGACUAUUCUAUAAAUCAGUUCUGCUUUUCUCCCCUUCCCCCAGAAUUAUGAUUGCUCAUCUGUUAAUUUCAUACAAGAGUUUAGUAUGUCUGCACAUAACUUUAUGGAAACUAUCUUCUAUAAAGAAAUUUUCACUGUUUAUUAGUGAAAUAAAGAAGCUAUUUAUAACAAAGCCUUAUGUUUGUGUACAUAUAUUGUCUUUGAAAUAUUUGUGAUUAGAUAUAUUGCUUGUAAAGGAUAAAUUACAUAAUUUAUUUAGUAUAUUCUACUGUAAACUAUAGUUUUAUUGACAAAUAAAGUAUUUUGUUCUCAAAAUAAAUAUUGCUGAAAGUAUUUAA